AUGGCUGAUGAAUGGUUUAAGCAGAGCACAUUUUCAGAAGUCUAUCAGAACUAUAUGAUCCCAAGUUCAACAGAGGUGACAAAUCACAUUUUAACCUAUUUGGAAAAUAAAAAGGCAAAACCCUUUAAGCUGGCUGUUGAUGUUGCUUGUGGGACAGGAAGGUCGACUCGGCCACUGGCUCCUCAUUUCGAGAAGGUGAUUGGAAUAGACAUUAGUGAGAGUCAAAUACACGAAGCAAGAAGACAUACUCAAGAGCAGAAUGUUACUUAUCAGGUUGCAUCAGCACAUAAACUGUCACUGAAAGAUAACUCGGUGGAUCUAAUUAAUGGAGAUCUUGCAGUUCACUGGUUCAACAUAAACAAAUUUAUGGAGGAAGCAGCUCGUGUUUUGAACACUAAUGGCUGUAUUGCCUUGUAUGGGUUUCCACCAAAGUGUGAGGUUCACUAUAAGAAUAUGUCAAAAACUCUAACAGCCAUCAUUAACGAGGGCUUUAAUACUCUUAUCAAAUAUGGAGGAAAGGAAUUGGAUCAUAUAUGGUCUGAAUAUAAAGAAGUAUUUGAAGCUGUACCAUUUUGUGAUAAACAGAGGAUCACUGGAAUACGUGACAUGUUUCCGUUUACAGUAGAACAGAUACUGGGAUUUUUUAAGUCCUCUUAUAUGUACCAGGAGUUUCUGAAAAGGGACAGGAAUGGAGCUAUGGCAUUUUUGAUAAAUAUGCAGAAACAGUUUUUCAAUACUUUGGGAGAAUCUGAUUAUGAAACCACUUUGGAGCUUCAGUUUGAAUACUUCUGUGUUCUGGCACGCAAAACAUUAACUUGUGGAACAUAAUUAUGUAUGAAAACACAGGUAUCAAAAGAACAUGAUUAGUGAACAUUCUAAAUUUUAUUUCAUACAUUUACUGUUGCAAUAAACGCAUGUGUUUUCAAUACAAAA